AUGAACCGAUUCUUCCUCCUCCUCGCCCUGGCUUUAAUCGGCUUAGCACUGGCGGCUCGAUCUGGCAAGAGGAAGAUCGAUUCGGACGGAAUUUUGGAUGAGGACUCCACUGACAGAUUUGACUCAUUCAAGAGCAAAUUCAAGCGGAACUGCAUCGACGGAACCACAGCGUGCAAGCAGAGGAAGAGAAACUACGCCAAGAAUCUGAAGCGUCUGAAGGAGCUGAAUGAGACGACGAAUGGAGACUACGAGGUGGAGGAGAACAAGUUCAUGGACUGGUCGGACGACGACAUGAAGAAGAUGGUCUUCCCGAUCGACGGCAUGCCAAAGCCUCAGACCGACAACCUGGACUUGAGCGAUCCGGUGCAGCUGAGGAACAAGAGGGCAGCGGCGGCGAACUUUGAUUGGCGAACAACAACGGCUGUAAAUCCGAUCAGAAAUCAGGGCAGUUGCGGAUCAUGCUGGGCUUUUGCUUCGGUAGCGGCUCUUGAGACCCAGAUGAACUACAAGAACAACCGGACGGGCGCGUUGAGGAGGUCGUAUUCGGAGCAGUACCUCGUUGACUGUAGCGUGACGUACUGGGGUUGCGGUGGCGGUUAUCCGUCGGCUGCGUUGACGUACAUCAAGAAUUACGGAACUCCCCGUGGAGCCGCCUAUCCCUACGUCAGUGGCACCACUGGAGAUACCACUGAGUGUAUGACUGGAUUGACUCUCGAGAAGCCGGUCUCCGCAGUGUCCAUCUUCACCGGAAAUGUCAGCCAAACCGUGACUUUCAUCAAAAACCAAGGACCAGUUACGGCAUGCUUCUACGUCUGCAACAGUUUCUACGCAUACGCAUCGGGAGUGUAUACCGCAAACUGCACACCGAACAGCCCCGGUUUCCAAGGAGGACAUGCCGUGGCGAUCAUUGGAUACGGUACCACCGCGGCUGGUGUCAACUACUGGCUAGCCCGCAACUCUUGGGGAACCGAUUGGGGCAUUAAUGGCUAUUUCAUGAUCAAACGUGGUGCCGAUGUCUCCUCCAUCGAGUCGUGGGAGAUCACCGGGCCCAGGACCGUACUCUUGCCA